GACUUAGGGCAAUUCCCUCGGCCUCCUCUUUGCUCCGUUGAUACUCUGGGGAAGUUGUCUCCAGCCUGAAGCGAGAUCUUACCUCAACUCUCAGCAUCGUCAGGAUGUUAAGCGGCUUCUUCCUUCUGAAGGUGCUUCUUGCUCUUGGGUCUCUGGCAGCCUGGGUGACUGCAGCUGCGUAUGUGAAAGAAGGAGAAUGCCCCCUUGAUAAGAAUCCAUGCAAAGAGCUAUGCCAGGGUGAUGAGUCAUGCCCAGCUGGGCAGAAGUGUUGCAGCACAGGCUGUGGACGGGUCUGCCAAGGAGACAUUCCCAAGGGUAUGUUGGCCAGAGAGGUAAAAUGCUGUGCUUUCUGGCCUUGCCUCUGGGAUGGACAGAACCGGAGGCCAUCCUACCUCUUGGAUUGGCUCUUGAAAUCUAGCUUCCCUAUGGAUACCUUUGACACUGGGGAGGUGACAAUGGGGGUGGAGAAAGGUGACACAGGGUUUGGUGGUGAGUGUCCUGCUGACCCCCUUCCAUGUGAGGAGCUGUGUGAUGGGGACGCAUCUUGUCCCCAGGGGCAGAAGUGCUGUAGCACUGGCUGUGGCCACACCUGCCGUGGAGACAUCAAGGGAGGGCGGGGUGGUACUUGUCCGGACAUUCUGGUGGGCCUGUGUAUUGUUGAUUGCAUGGUGGAUGAAAACUGUCCAGCUGGGCAAAAGUGUUGCAAGUCAGGGUGCGGACAUUUCUGUGUCCCACUAACCACGCCUCCCAAACAGACUAUAAACUCCAACUGGACAAUCACUUCCAAUUUGGAAAUAGAAACUCCAGUGCCCUAGUUGCCUGAUUUGUCCAGAUAUCUUUAGUGAAUCCAGAAGGCUUGUUGUGGCAGUGAGGAGAGGGUAAUGCCUUGGGGCUUGUAACAGUCCCAGCCUUCUCUGCUCUGCUUCUCUCCCUGCUGCACCCUGGAGCAUAGGAAACAGUCCAGACUGGGGAGUGGAUGUUGUUGAUUCUCUCCUUUAAUAAAGGCUUUGCUAACC